AAUCUUCAAUGAGAUCAUUUCUCAACAUUCCUUAGACCGAUUCAAUGAGAAAGACGAUGCAUUCCUCUCCAUUGAUGUUGGUGCUGAUAGCUUUAUGUGCAAUUCUGAUUGAAUCAUCAGGAGGCUUGGCCAAUGCUCAGCUAUCUCCAGCAUUUUAUGAUGAAAGCUGCCCAUUUGCCUCCGACAUUAUUCGUGUAGUCAUCGCAGAAGCCUUGCAAACUGAUGCAAGGAUUGGUGCCAGCCUCAUCAGGCUUCACUUCCAUGACUGCUUUGUUCAAGGUUGUGAUGCCUCAGUUUUGCUGGACAACAGUGACACUAUAUUGAGCGAGAAGGAAGCUCUUCCCAAUAAUAACUCACUCAGAGGGUUUGAUGUUGUUGAUAAAAUGAAGGCUUGGUUGGAGUAUGCGUGUCCUGGCGUUGUUUCUUGUGCUGAUAUUCUCGCCAUUGCAGCUCAAGAAUCUGUUGCUUUGUCAGGAGGGCCAAUAUGGAGAAGUUUACUUGGAAGGAGAGAUAGCAGAACAGCAAACAGAAGUCUAGCUAAUACAAACCUUCCAGGUCCCUUCUUGCCCCUCCAGGGUCUCAAGGCCGCCUUCAUCGCCAUCGGCCUCAACGACAACACUGAUCUAGUUGCCCUAUCAGGUGCUCAUACAUUUGGAAGAGCUCAAUGUGGAGGAUUUAUCCACCGUUUAUACAACUUCAAUAACACUGGUCUUCCAGACCCAACGUUGAACACAACUUAUUUGCAAAUUCUCCGAAAACUAUGUCCCCAAGGAGGAAAUACCACUGUAUUAGCUAAUUUCGAUCCCACAACUCCAGAUACUUUUGACAAUGAUUAUUACUCAAAUCUUCUAAUUGGAGAAGGCCUUCUUCAGACUGACCAAGAACUAUUUUCAACUCCUGGAGCUGAUACUGCUAAAAUUGUUAAAAAUUUUAGUGCUAACCAGACUGCUUUCUUUGAAAGCUUUGUGGUGUCAAUGAUCAGAAUGGGAAAUCUCAACGUCUCAACAGGAACUGCUGGAGAAGUUAGGUUGAAUUGUAGGAUAGUUAAUGGAGAUUCAUCAAGCGGAGCAGACACUCUUCUCGUUAGCUCCAUGUGAUUUAAUAAAAAUCUUGUGUAUUAUGCUAAAAUAAAUGGGGAAUUAUAAUAGACAUUUGAAGUAUGCUCUUUUACCCAUAUAAGCUUUUUAUUAUUUUG